GGAAGACGCGAAGCAACAACAACCCACAAUUCCUUUGAGUGGUGUCGUCACUCUCGAGGGACAUCAACGAACAACCUUUCUACCGACUUGUACGGGAGGAAGGUCGGAUGAGAUGGAGUUGACCUUUCAGGGCGAUGGUACUCUCACGGGCAAGCGCAAUGCGGCAGAUGGUGCCACGACCGUACUGAAAGGACAGUGGUGCUCGGGUUCGUUUACUUGGAAGGAAGCAGAUCCCAAAAACGACAAGAUCUUGCUCGCAAUGGCCAAUGGAGUCUACGACAAGAAUGCCAGGGGUGUCUUAUCCGUUGUUGGAGAUUUCCGCACUGCGUCCAAAUCUCUUGGCAAGCUUCGUUACAAGUCUACUUGAAUUGCAGGUUGGUCUGUCCAUUUCUUGUCCCGUACAUUCAUUGUAAAGCCCGAUGUUGAACGCUUCGUCUAUUCAAUCUUGCUGGUCCACAAUCCACAAUAGCCAUAGAAGACUGCAUGGCUGGUACUUGCCUGAUUCAUAAUUGUUUCUUCCGACAGGUUUUCUUUCCCUUCGCAUCGCUGUAGUUGAAGCUCCUCCACAGCGAGCUUGCUGACAAGCAUGCAAUCACUCUUGGGGGUACCGGUACAGCGUACCGGGGUACCAGGUACUGGUAGCUCCGACUAGCCCAACUGUCACUAAGGUGCAUACAAAAUUUAGUGAUUUGAGCCAGAAACCAAGAGUGUAAGGGCUCCAAAGAUCCAGCUAAGGAUCCUUUGGUUGGGACAACCAUGGUCUGUCGCAAGAUGAUAUCAUACCAGCAAUUUUCCCGAACGGUUUGGGGGUCAAUCACCUCAAGACCGUCCACUUGUAUCCGAUGCCACAGAGCCAGAGACCCAAAAGGGCGAGAAAAGCAAGAAUUCAGAACAUACAGCUUCGAUGGCUUCUAAAAGAUCCUUGAAGGUGGGA